AUGACGGACACCACUGAUGACAUUGCAGAGGAAAUAUCCUUCCAAAGCUUCGACGAUGACUGUAGAUUGCUCGGAAAUCUUCUCAACGACGUCAUGCAACGGGAAGUUGGCACCGCCUUUGUUGAAAAACUUGAAAAGAUUCGAAUCCUUGCACAGAGUGCUUGUAAUAUGAGACAGGCAGGGAUUGAGGACAUGGCAGACAUGUUGGAGAAGCAGUUGGCUUCUGAGUUAUCCAACAUGACGUUGGAAGAAGCUCAAACACUUGCCCGUGCCUUCGGUCACUAUCUUACUUUGAUGGCCAUAGCAGAAACCCACCAUAGGGUUCGAAAAGGUGUCAACAUGGCAAAUUUUGCAAAAUCUUGUGAUGACAGCUUUCGCCAACUCUUGCAGGAUGGAAUUUCCCCAGAUGACCUUUAUAAUACAGUUUGCAACCAGGCGGUUGAAAUUGUUCUUACAGCUCAUCCCACACAAAUUAAUCGACGUACCUUGCAAUACAAACACAUUAAGAUUGCUCAUCUUUUAGAUUAUAAUGACCGACCUGAUCUUGGCCAUGAAGAUCGAGAAAUGGUGAUUGAAGAUCUGGUGAGAGAGAUAACUUCGAUAUGGCAGACAGAUGAGCUUAGACGUCAGAAACCUACUCCAGUUGAUGAAGCUAGAGCUGGAUUGAAUAUUGUGGAGCAGUCGCUCUGGAAAGCUGUUCCUCAUUAUUUACGUCGAGUCAGCAAUGCUUUAAAGAAGCACACGGGGAAACCACUUCCAUUGACUUGCACUCCCAUAAAGUUUGGGUCUUGGAUGGGAGGUGAUAGAGAUGGAAACCCAAAUGUGACAGCAAAGGUUACAAAAGAUGUUUCACUUUUGUCAAGAUGGAUGGCAAUUGACCUCUAUAUUCGGGAAGUAGACAGUCUGAGAUUUGAGCUAUCCAUGAAGAGGUGCUCUGAUAAGUUGUCAAAAUUGGCACAUGCAAUUCUAGAAGGUUCUGAUGCUAACAACGAGACUCAACGAGAGCAUUGGAGCCAACCAGAGAGUAGAAGUCAGUCAAAACAUUUAAAUCUGACGGCUUCAUUACUCCCAUCUAAACUUCCAGCUAGAGCUCAUUUACCUUCUUGUGCCGUAAAUGGUGAAUCUGAUCAUCCAAGACUCGACAUCCCGGGACCUGAUUACAAACAAGUCAAUCACAAGGAUGGUAAGACUUCAACUACAAAUAUGAGUAAUGCGGGAAGUUCCAGUAGCCAUUCAUCCCCAACAAGUUCAGAGAGUUCCAAUAAUUCAUCAAUUACAAUUCCACGCUCUCCUAGUCAACAACUUCUUGCUCAGAGGAAAUUAUAUGCAGAAUCCCAUAUGGGAAGAUCUAGUUUUCAGAAGCUUUUGGAGCCAAAGCUCCCUCAUCUUCCUGGAAUUGCUCCUUACAGGGUUUUCCUCGGGGAUGUAAAAGAUAAGCUUCAGAGAACCCGUAGACGGUUGGAACUGCUUCUGGAGGAUUGUCCAGGUGAAUUUGAUCCUUCUCAAUACUAUGAAACAACAGAGCAGCUUUUGGAACCUCUGCUCCUCUGUUAUGAAUCUAUGCAAUCUUGUGGAUCUGGUGUGUUAGCUGAUGGUCGACUUGCUGAUCUGAUCCGUAGAGUUGCUACCUUUGGCAUUGUGUUAAUGAAGCUUGACUUGCGUCAGGAAUCUGGAAGACAUGCUGAUACACUUGAUGCAAUUACAAAGUAUUUGGAUAUGGGUACAUACAGUGAAUGGGAUGAAGAAAAAAAAUUGGAUUUCUUAACAAGAGAACUUAAAGGGAAGAGGCCACUAGUUCCUACUAGUAUAGAGGUUGCUCCAGAUGUUAAAGAAGUCCUUGAUACUUUUCGAAUUGCUGCCGAGCUAGGGAGUGAUUCACUUGGAGCCUAUGUGAUCUCUAUGGCUUCUAAUGCAAGUGAUGUCCUUACAGUAGAGCUCUUACAGAAGGAUGCUCGUCUUACAGUUAGUGGGAAAUUAGGAAGUGCAUGUCCAGGUGGAACGCUUCGGGUGGUUCCUCUAUUUGAAACUGUGAAGGACCUAAGAGGAGCUGGUUCAGUUAUCAGGAAACUUCUAUCUAUAGAUUGGUACCGCCAGCACAUUAUUAAAAACCAUAAUGGACACCAAGAGGUUAUGGUUGGGUAUUCUGAUUCUGGUAAAGAUGCUGGUCGAUUUACUGCUGCUUGGGAACUUUACAAAGCUCAAGAGGAUGUAGUGGCUGCUUGCAAUGAAUACGGUAUUAAGGUUACGCUGUUUCAUGGCCGCGGAGGGAGUAUUGGUCGUGGCGGAGGCCCAACAUAUAUGGCUAUUCAGUCCCAGCCACCUGGCUCAGUGAUGGGAACACUUCGGUCAACUGAACAGGGAGAGAUGGUGCAGGCCAAGUUUGGGUUGCCACAGACAGCUGUUAGACAACUUGAAAUAUACACGACAGCUGUGCUACUUGCUACCCUUCGUCCACCUCUGCCACCCCGAGAAGAAAAAUGGCGUAAUCUGAUGGAAGACAUAUCAAAAAUCAGUUGCCAGAGUUACCGCAGUGUAGUGUAUGAAAAUCCAGAAUUCUUGAGCUACUUCAACGAGGCAACUCCUCAAGCAGAGCUUGGGUUCCUGAACAUAGGUAGCCGGCCGACGAGGAGAAAGGCGACUACAGGAAUUGGACACCUUCGUGCAAUUCCAUGGAUAUUUGCAUGGACACAAACGAGAUUUGUUCUUCCUGCUUGGCUUGGAGUUGGAGCAGGUUUGAAAGGUGCUUGUGAGAAAGGACUAACUGAAGAGCUAAAAGUAAUGUACAAAGAGUGGAAUUUCUUUCAAAGCAUAAUAGACCUGAUUGAGAUGGUAUUGGGAAAAGCAGAUAUUUCUAUUGCUAAGCACUAUGAUGAAGUUCUUGUGUCAGAGGAGAGACAAGAACUUGGUCGUGAACUAAGGAAAGAGCUGAUUACAACAGGGAAGUUUGUGAGUGUUAUUAGUGGGCAUGACAAACUUCUGCAGAAUAACAGAACAUUGAAGAGGUUGAUUGAAAAUAGACUUCCUUUUCUUAAUCCCAUGAACAUGUUGCAGGUGGAGAUACUUAAAAGGUUAAGACGUGAUGAUGAUAACCUUAAAGCAAGAGAUGUUCUCCUUAUCACCAUUAAUGGUAUUGCUGCAGGGAUGAGGAACACCGGCUAA